AUGAACGAUGUAGUGGACGACGAUAAGCAAUCUAAACAGAGAUUUCAGGAUGUCCGUGAAACCUCCCCAGAAAUAUCUCCGAAAGUAGAUGGCCGGAGGACGAAGGAUUUCCAGCGGAGGCCUCGUCACAAGAUGCGGAGCCCUAGUCAAAUUAAGCCAAUCGCCGAACCAAAAAGAGAGAAGAAAAGGGCACCUGCCAAGAAGAAGGAACCCAAAUCCUCCCGUCUAAAGGAUAAGAAACAAGGGGACAUUUUAAUCGACGAAUUCUCCGCAGAUAAUUUUACCAAGGACAGACUCACGCUACGCCCAACCCAUAACCUUGGUAUAUUUAAGAAAGGUCGAGCUUCGACUCCAGUCAAAAAAGGGCUGCCCGACCUUGCGUUUUCUGAAAUGAAAUUUCUUGAUGGAAGAUCUUUUGAUUUGCCUAUCGCCCAAAAGGCGUCACCAAAUUACAAAAAAGACAAGAAAUCCCGGGGUCGCAAAGAGGAAAAUGAGCCAUUCUCCUACUUCGAAUCCUCAAAAAGGCGCCUUGAAGAGAAAAAAUUGAACACAGUUACAAUUUCUAUAAGUGACGGCUACACCGAGCCAAGGAAAAGGCGCAGAAAGAACGAAAAAUCUACACCUGAAAAGCCAUCUACUGAAGUUCUUAUGACGGAGAGCCCGAUUAAAUCUUCGCCACGGAGUGCAAUGGCCGAUGUCCUUCGAAGAAGGGGUAUAUAUUCCCUACCGGCAAAUAUAUCUUCCCGAGACUCAAAUUGCGGUUCAGCUAUUACAAGUGGACGAGACAGAGGUAGAGAGAGUUCCGAUGAAGGUAUCCCUGAGAACAAAGAUAUAGACGGUUUAUCAGAGUAUUCUCGUGCUAGAUUUCAGAAACGUUUUCGACCAGAAAUGAGGGUAGCAGCGCACUUACAGGAACGGGGGACCUCGAGUCCUACCUUAGAAACUCUGAAAUAUGCUAAAGAGGCCUACCAUGCUAGAUAUAGGGAAGGGGGUAGCAGCUACGCUUCUUCAGCGGUAGUAAAAGACAAUAAAUCAGAAGCGGAAGGCGUAGACCGAGCAAGAACCCGCACACCAGAGAUGGCAAUCACGAAAAGUAAAUCACCCACACCCAAAAGUAGGCGUACACUAGAUCCGGCCGAGCUUCAGAAGGUUCCGGGCUCAUCUUCACCUCUGGCCGCUUUGCUACGCGUUUGUGCUGAUUCGCCAGAAAGGUUGGGGGUUCGAAAAAGGCAUGAUAGUAGCCAUGAUGAUAAAGUAGGGCGGAAGGGUCAUCAAUCAUCGAAAAUACCCCAAAGACCAGUGUUUUAUCCUCAGAAGAGUGUUCCAAGUCAACCGUCAGUGGUUUAUCAAGAUCGUCCUAGUAGGCCGCCAAGACCCUUGGGUGUACCCCCCACGAGGCAAUUGACGAAAAUGGAAGGGCUUAUGGAUAAUUAUACUAUUCCACCUCACGCUCUAUAUGCAAAGGUUGAUAGACACCCUCUAGAUGAAACCCAGCAGAGUGGAGAAUCCCAAAAUUUUAGUAUCCGUGGUCAGGCCAUGGCCGAAAAUUAUGUAAACGAAAAACAUCUCGACGAUUACGCUGACGAUUAUCCCGAGAGCCCGGUGUCGGAAACGAUAGAGAAUCAGUGUUUAUCGGACCUCUCUCUCUAUGGAUAUACCAAGGAUAGAAACGGGCGAAAAGUGUUUGUGGAGGAUUCAUUUAUGGAUUCUUCGUCUGACUAUGCACCAGACGGUUGGGUAACUGACGAUCCCGAUAUAUGUCGCCUGAACGGGUCGAGCGAAGAAAGGCAAACCCACGAGGUAGGACAUCCAUAUACGGCUAAAACAGUACUAGGACAGGGCCGGGGUCUCACCAUGAAUGAAGGCCAAUGCUAUGUGGAGGGCAUUAGGCACAGCAAUGGUGGUUAUGUUGAGCAAGUGUUAGAAGAUCCUGCACCCAAAAGGGAGAAUUUCUGGAGAAAACACAAGCUUUGA